AUGGCCGGAGUGCUCGCAGCUGGGGAGAGGGCGAUGUCCGGAACCGACGCCAGCGCUACGGGCGGCGCAAUUGGCCCGAACCGGAACCAUUCCGGCGCCGGCGGCGGGGAGGGGUACCGGGAAAUUACCGACCGCGGCCCCCCAUCUGCAAUCUGCCAUGGAGACGCCUUAGACAGCGAUAGCGACAAGACCGCGCAUGACGACCAAGGCCAGUUUCGGUUACCCUCGUCGUCGCAGCCUGCCUCCUUUGACGCCGCCGCAAGAGGGCACAUGAUGCCGGCAGGCGGCGCAAUCGGUUCCUCUUCGCAUCUUCGAGCUUCUCCCCGACGGGGCACAAUAAAUGAGGGCUUUCGUGGUGGAUCGUCCGCGGUGGCAGGCCUCGGGGGGAGGCGAGCGCCCGGGGGGGAAGCAGAAGAGGAAAGGGAAUGUGUCAUCUGCAUGGAGGAGUUUUCCAAGGAGGACCCCGAAAUGUUGACGCUUUGCAGCUGCGGCGUGAACAAGACGUUCUUCCACUACUCGUGCCUGCUGCAGUGGCUGUCGAAGCACUCAUACUGCCCGGCGUGCAGAGGAUACCUGUUUUUCGAGGAACGGCGGCGGGGCGGCGGCGACGACGGUUCUCAGGACCGUUCCUCCAUCGCCGCAACAACGGGCACCACCACCACCGUUGGCGGCGACAGCGGUAGAACCAGCGGCAGGCUGGAGCCCCCCGCCCCUCCAUCCAGCAGCGGGGGCGUGGUUUCUAACGAGGAUUACGGGAGAGCGUUCCGACGGGCGCUUCGCGCUGGUCUGGGUGGCGAAUCAUCGCCAUCGACCCCAAGAGGUGCCGGGGGGAACGUUGAGCUACUCUAACGGACCCCACCCUUUCGCCCCCGCUAGAGGGACUUCACGGGGCCCCGGCGGGUGGUUUAUUGGGGGGGCCUGGGGCGUUUCCUGGGGACCCGGGGGCGUGGUUUCUGGGGGGGGGGGCUGGGGCGUGGUUUCUGGGGGCCCCGGGGGGUGUUUUUCGGGGCCCCGGGGCGUGAUUUCUGGAACCUCGCACGUGGCGGAGGAGGGCUUUGAUGAUGGAAAUGACGGCAGACCAUACGUACCCGGGGAGGGUGUGCUGUACGUUGAAUGACGGAAGAUUCCACACGCCGCCUGGACAUACUUGCAGAGAUUACGCCGCGACGAAGAGCACGCCACGGUAGUCGAACAAUGCGUUAUCGGUAAGCUCCGGACGAGAAGGGUUCGUUCCGACCAUUUCCAGCACCGCCACUGCUGUCUGCUUUGUGCUGCCUGCGGAGCGGCGGCAUCAGCAGAGGUGUGAAAAUGGGGGCAGGGUCCGUGAUGUCUCACGCAACCCGCGGCAGAAGUACUGUAUUGCUUGGCCGAGGUUGGGGCCGGUUUGGAGCCUUGCUUCCUUCGACCUCAGCGGGGCUCAGUGGUUUGUGGGCGGUGGCUGGGGGGGAGGGGUACGGGCAUCACCAGUGGGAGUACCCCAAGACCCAACCGCCCCCGUCGAAUCCCUGGCAUGGUCACUCUGGAUUUGUCUGUCACAUACAGUCGUCCUUUCCCCGUUCGUUUCCUGUCGUGCUUCUGACUGUGUUGAAAAAGGGUGUGUAUGCCGCACGUUCUUUCGAAGGUAUUAUCUCUUUUUUUUUCCCUCUCCCGCUCAGCGCUCGUGUACAAAAGUCGCUGUUUUUCUUAGGUUUCGGAAAACUGUCGUUUGCCUUUUUCUUUUUUCUUGCGUUUUGGUUUGUUUCCUUUUGACGUAAGCAUGAAGUUUUGUUGGUAAGGACAGAACAGGGCGGCGGCGGCGGCGGCGUGGUGCUGUUUGUUUCUGUGCUCGUUCUCUAUAUGGUAUUUUUGGUGUAGAGUAGGUAGGUAAAGAGAGACCGCCUGGCCACCGGCUUGCGAGUGAAUCUGAACGCCAACCGGCCAGAUUUGGAUAAUGGAAUUUUCUUGCGACGGGGAAAGUAACGCCUCCUCCUCCUGCUCGUCAACUCUGCACGGCUUGGGGAGGGCGGGAUGUACAUACUUGCUCCACAGCGAUUGUGGUGCUGGAGUUUUUCGAGGUGGGGCCGGAGGCGACCUUGGAGCAGAGCGACAAUAAUGCUAGAUUGAGAGGGGCUUUAUAGGCCAAGUGCCGCGAGGGAUACGGGGCAGUAAUAAGGGAUCCGUUAGAGUCUGACAAGCUUGCGUGUUCAUGGGUGCUUUUCGCCUGCUUGCCUUUCGUUAGACUGCCUGUUUCUCGAGUCAAUGAGCACAGCCCUUGGGUAUGUGCCGUACUAGUCGCUGUAGUUGUGUCUGUAGAAUUUUUGCUUAUUAUUUUCAAAAGCCAUUUGUCGUGCGCAUUCAUUCCCUCUCGCUGAUGCGCUAUUGUGAAGUACUCGUCCACAGGGCGUAAGUCCACCAUUGACGAGCCGGACCCAUGUGUCCGAGUGACGGACUUACGGGGCCGUCAGUAUGUCGUCGCCACGUGCUCCUUUCCUCAGAGGGAGGAGCGUCUUGGGUGGUUAGUCCGCGUCCUGUAGUUUUGGCGGGCAAGCGUAAUGGGAGGAGGUUAGUAAUCGUAUCAGUUUUAUUGACGAGGCUGCGCGUGUAUUUUCUUUCUCCGUGAAAGAUACAAGCACGUGUCAUCCUGUGGCGGUGGGGUUGCUUUUCCAUGUCCAGAUUGCGAAAAGUGAUGAUGCACGGAGUUUGUUGCUCUUCCUUGCGUUGUUCAGUGGACAAACACACGUCAAAACACGGUCAAGUCAAGGCUCAAUUUCUUUCGCAACGUUACUUCUCCCUGUCGAACAAAGUAAGGCAAGAUAUGUAGGAUCCACCGCUGAAGCUGUUUGUGUGUGUACAGUUUCGCUCCAAAUUCGAGCCCUUGUUUCUUGACGGAAUAUUUCAUAUUUGCGGUGGUGCCGAACUGCUGCUUUUCUUUUGUGCUUCCUCCCUGGCGCAGUUUGUGAUGACACCCGACCCCGUGACCGCGCACCGUUCGUUGCGUACCACGUUUUUCUCUUUAGACGAGUGAGAGAGGGUGUGUUUGUGCAUGAGCUUUGUGCAGAUGCUUUGGCUGCCAUUCAUCAUUGGAGGCUUUUUAUUUUUCUGACGAAACAAUGAAGAUCGAUCCGAUUCGACACACUUCGUACGGAUUCUAGUAUGUAUAUGAUGAUCACGGACGACAUUUGAUCAUUUCAUCUCCAUGGUUCACGGCGUUGUUUUGCUGCCACCCUCUCCCUUCCAACAAGACGCUGCGUAGUACAAGUACUCACAUAUAUAUUUGUUCGGUCGUUCGGGACAAAGUAUGUAUGAAUGUAAUCUAUGCAGAAGUAAUUAUCUUCUUCCAAGCAGGGUGACCAAUCGACCCAAUCCAACAAAGACGCAGCAUGUAUUUUCAUUUCUUCAACAACUAACACGACAGACAGGCAGCCUGAAUGAAGCACAUAGUGUCUGUCUUCCAUCGUCUAUCAUUCCUGGAGAUCUCCAGGGCUGCCGAGCCAUGACCGUCGUGUGUAUUACACGAGGCUGCAAACAUGUGCAAGUGUGUGUCGGCAAAUAAAUCAGCACCACCAGCACCCCACCAGAAAAUUAAUAGUGAAUGAAUGUAUCUGCUGCGGAAUGUCAUGAAUGAAUGGAUGGCAAAGGAUGUUCUUCUGAUCUCGACCGAUCGGAUGAUGAUGUAUGGUUUAUGCAAACAAGAAAUCUAUCUAUUUUCUUCUGAAGUGUAGGCAAACUUUUUGGCAAAGGGAGAGGGGGGCAUGCCGGUGUCAUCUUUCCGGGUUUGCGUAAACUCACAGCCAGCCGCAGCAGUUUGAGAGAGAAAAAGUUCCCGCAGUUUUCUGACUGGCCAAUUGUUUCGGUCGGAAGUUUCCUUCGAAAGAAAAACUCAUGGUCGACGGGUGACGAUACUCACGGUCAUGGGGCCGCCUUUCGGCGAAAUUCAGAAUCUGGAUUUUUCCCAUCGAUGUCACCAGCACCACCACUCCGUGUUGAUGCUCGAGUAAAUUUAAAGCCAAGGGAGAAAAAAAGAUGUGUUGUAACUCGUCAACAAGGAGAUGGCACGGUCGUCUUCGACUGCUACUGUGCCACCACAACCCUCCAUCACCACCAGCAGCCAUGGAUGGUGCUACGUGGAGCAGACCAAGCUUUGCCCGUACAUACCAUGAGUGAUAAAAACCCGCGCGCAGCUCAUCACUGGAGGCGUUUCAAGAGGGUUCACCCGAACCAAAGGCGGAACCCUUUUUUGGAACCUGCUCUCUGUCGCUAUUAAUUCAUAUCGGCUCCCUCAUCACUCGAAGGGAGAGUUGCCAAAUCAAGCUAUCACACCACUUGGGUGGGUUGAAGAUCUCAAAAUGAUAUCUUCCUCGCGUCUUAUCUCGGGUUUCGUAGUAUGGAGGCUGGUAGACAGCCAAACGGGGAGCUUUCUCUCUAUUUCAAGACACCUUUUUCGGGCACACGCUUCUCCCCAUUUUUUUAGGGAGCGAUGUAUAUUCUGUGCAUCCCCCCGUCCAGAGUCCAGAAGGCAGGCCGCACGGAACCCCCGUGCUUGGAGUACCUU